AUGGAGGUGUUAUCUAGAAGUCUAUCCGAGCGCAUCCGCCGCAACUCCUUCUCCGGAGUUACAGUCAAGCUAGUCUUUCAAGAACUGGAAAACUUUCUCAUGUUCCUGGUGGCCGAGUAUACCCAAGACGCCGAGAUUGCCGCGGUAGCGCGAGAGAACUUUUCCGGCCUUGCCACACGAACACACACGGACGACGAGCUCAAUGAGAUUGUGGAGAUGUUUGGUGCCAUUCUGAACGGCUCGGAUCAAGAACUACCUCCCAAGGCAGUGGCGCAAAUCCAUUCCUACGUGGGCCUGCUGAGAGUGCAGCAAAGACGGUACGCCUGUUCCAUUCAAUCCUAUCUCAAGGCAUUGUGGUUACAGACAUCGUCCACUCGAGACCCAUUAAAUAUUGCCAUCACCGAGAACCGUCUCGGUCUGUCCUAUGGUAUGAGUGGCAAUCUUCCUCAAGCGAUCAGUCUGCUAGAAAAGUCUCUCGAGCACUACGAGACAGCUGGGCUCAAGCCAGAUCAUUAUGUGGUGGAUGAUGCACAAGCAGCGCUGUCCGAGUUUCGAUCCAGAUAUUUGCAGGAAACCUUGCAAAAGAACAAGAAUAGCUUUCGAUCAAGCUGCACACAGGCACUUGGAGCAAGGCGCCUGAGUCACAUCCAAGAAGAACUCGUAUCAGCAGCAGCCACAGAGUUUCAAAGCGAACGGCUAUAUGCACGGUGGUAG